AUUCGAACUCGGAACCGCUCAUUCAAAUCCAUAAAUUUUCCACCGAUGAGAGUGACUUUCAGAUAGAACCACAUUAAAUCCACCUUGACUUAAGCCCCACCUUCGAUCGUCGACAGCAGAAGAACUUUCGUGUAAUAAUUUCACAAAUCCUCUCGAGUACGAGACUUCUUGCGCCAUUUGCGUUACCCCACUUUAUCACCUUCUCCAUCCGCUUCAAAGUGAGUGAACAGGAGGCCUCAAUUUUGUGAUCUCAGGGCUUCUUGAAAAGCAACAAAAAUGGCGGACUGCAGCACAUUGCAUACAGUGGAGGGCGCAUGCAGAGACAGCAAGGCCGCAUUUUGGCUCAAGCUUUUGGCAAUUGCGGUCAUUUUAGUAACAGGCGCGGCAGGAGUGAGCGUUCCAGUCUUAUAUACCAGAUAUUCCAAGGCUCUGAAAUCGCACGGCAGUUUGCUUUCCCUGGUAAAAUGCUUUGCAGCAGGGGUCAUUCUUUCCACUGGAUUUGUUCAUGUUUUGCCGGAAGCUUUUGCCGCUCUUUCCAGCAAUUGCCUCCCCAAACGCCCGUGGAAAGAUUUUCCCUUUGCAGGAAUGGUGGCCAUGGCGGGCGCGCUUGCAACUCUGGCCGUCGAUAUUCUCGCCGACCGCCAUAGCCAAACAGGGUCUUAUAUUCGGGUUAAGUCUGAUGAUAACCAGACUAAAUUUAAGGAUGUGGAAUUGGCUAAAAAUUCGGUUUUUCCCGUGAGUUGCUGCGGUGCAGGGGCGGGAAAUGGGGGGGAAAUAAAUGGCGGCUUGGCUUUGGCACAGAAGGUUGCGGCGCCCCCUCUGGAGGAUUCAGGGGAGGAUUUGUAUGUACAGCAGAGGCAGAAAUUGGUUUCUAAGGUGUUGGAGAUUGGGAUCAUUUUUCAUUCUGUUAUAAUUGGGAUCACUCUUGGGAUGUCUCAGAAUAGAUGUUCGAUUGCCCCUCUUGUUGCUGCUCUUGGAUUUCAUCAGUUCUUUGAAGGAAUGGGGCUUGGCGGAUGUAUUGCUCUGGCAGACUUCGGAACCAAUGUGACAGUGAUGAUGUGUGUUAUGUUCUCAGUGACAACACCCUUUGGAAUAAUGGCGGGCAUGGUAAUGAACUUCAUAAGUGGUUAUGACGAAAACAAUCCAAAGGCACUCAUACUUGAGGGACUGUUUGGGUCUGCAUCAUCUGGAAUACUUGUGUACAUGGCUCUUGUUGAUCUCAUAGCUGCUGAAUUCCUCAACAGCAAGAAAUUGAAAUCCAAUUCCUUCCUCAUGUCUGCAGCUUAUGUUUUACUUGUUCUUGGGGCAGGAUCCAUGUCACUUCUUGCUCUAUGGGCUUAGUAAAUACUUCACUACUCCAGAUGCAGGUUGCAGAAGCAGCUGCCAUUAAAGGACUCAGGGGAGCUGCCAUCUCAGUUUCUUUUGUCUACAUAGCAAUUGAAUUCAAAUUACAGAUCAUAUAAAAUCUGUUGUUUACUCUGCUUUCUCUUUGCCAGGUUUCAACACCCUUUCAAGUGCAGAGUCAAUGAAAAUAUUUAAGAAUAAAAGAUUCUGACCAUGAAUGUACUUCUCCACAGAAGCUGCAUUAUCUGUUGGAGAAAAGUGAAAAUCUUUAUGGGCUCUGUGUAAGGCAAAGGCAAGAAGAUGUAAGUCUAUCUAUGUUACAUACAGUAUAAACUGAUUCAGAGGGAAUCGGAGAUAUACCAGAAGCACUAGGUAGAAAUUAUGUACCCAUCAUAUGAAUUUUUUAAGUUUAUAUUGUUAGA